AUGGGUCAAGACGAAUCGCGCAUGGUGGAUGAGAAGACACCGCCGCAGACGCUGAAGAGCCGCACACUGGACGCUGUCGCCGAGUACAUUAGGGAUGGGAGGGCGCGGCGCAUCGUGGUCAUGACAGGCGCGGGUAUCAGCACAUCGGCAGGCAUACCGGACUUCCGGUCUCCAGAUACGGGUCUCUACGCAAACCUCGCGCGCCUAAACCUCCCCUACGCCGAAGCCGUCUUCGACAUUGGCUAUUUCCGAGGCAACCCUUUGCCAUUCUAUACCCUCGCCCAGGAACUAUACCCCGGCAACUACCGACCAACCAUCACGCACUCGUUCAUAAACCUGUUACACCAAAAAGGCCUCCUGCUGAAGCUGUUCACCCAGAAUAUCGACUGCCUCGAGCGCGAAGCAGGUGUACCGGACGACAAGAUCGUAGAGGCACAUGGCAGCUUCGCGCGACAGAGUUGCAUCGAGUGCAAGGCGCCUUACCCUGAAGAACUGAUGAAGAAGGCCAUCCAUGAGAAAUCCGUCCCCCACUGCAUACGAGAAGAGUGCGACGGCCUCGUGAAGCCCGAGAUCGUCUUCUUCGGUGAGCAACUACCCGCGGACUUCUUCGAAAAUCGUUCGUUGCCUGGCGAGGCCGACUUAUGCAUAGUCAUGGGUACCUCUCUGAGCGUACAACCGUUCGCGUCUCUGCCUAUGAUGUGCGGGGAUGGCACACCCAGAGUCUUGAUAAAUGGUGAGCAAGUAGGAGAGAUGGGGUCAAGAGCAGACGAUGUGCUUCUGAUCCAGGACUGCGAUACCGGCGUGCGGAAGCUCGCCGAAGCAUGCGGCUGGCUGGAUGAGCUAGAGGAUCUAUGGGAACAGACAGCACCGUGGGCACGGUCGGGCCAGCCGAAACCGGAGCAGGCAGACGAGCCAAAGAAGAGUCCUGAUGAGCAGCUGCAGGACGAGGUCGACAAACUCACCAAAGAGAUUGAUCAGAACCUCCAGCUUGGUCAGGAUCAGCACACUUGGUUGGAGAACCAUGUGGACAACAAGUUCGCAAGAGUACAGGAUAAUGAAAACGGCAAAGGCCCGACCGCACCCCUCACGACCGGGAAAACAGUCGCAUCAGAUACGAAAGCGGAGAGAAGGGAGCCCAGCGACGGCGGUCUGCAUCACGUUUUUCCGUGGCUGAGCAAAAAAUCUUCACUUUGA